AUGCAAGGUCGCAGCAAUACUUUAAUCAGCGUCCGAGAUAUACUCCCGACAGGAACUCUCCAAUCAUUCAUCAUGCCGGCCCGUGGUCCCGUCUCAGACACCUCUUCCACCAGCACCGGCUCAGAUACAAAUGAGGGCGUCAAAGAUAUGCUCUCAGUCACUGGCGUGGACGAGAACGAGCCGACGUGGAUCACGACGAUGAAGAAGAACGACACGCGCUCUCGGCCAUGGCAGAAGCAUCUGGAUGUCAAGGAAACAUCGGAUUUCACUAAGUAUUCUGAACCUGUCGAAUUUGAUCAGUGCGGAGUUGUUGCCUCGGGAUCUGGAACCUUGGCUGCUUGA